GUGCGGCGUGGGAUAUAGGGCUGUGGAAAAGCUACCCGAGUCCGCAUGAAGUGCCCGAGGCAGAGCAGGGAUGAAGCAAACCCUUCACGCCGCCGCGUCCUCACUCAUACCAAGAAUUCUACCUGGUUCGACCACAAUGGGCUUCGUCAGCUGUCUCGAAGGGAGAUAGCUCUGUAUUUCUAUGCCGCUGAAACGCGGACCGACCAGGAUGUGAAGGUCGUCUCGUCAGCGCCGUGAUGGCCGAGGUGGAGCGGCGCGCGGCUCCCGACGCCCAGGGGCGGCCCGAUGCGGGGGGCGGGCGGCGGUGAGGCGGGCCGCGGGCGGGGCGGCGGCGGCUCUGGGGGGCCGCGGUUGACGCCGUGGCUGGCGUGCGAUGUCGAGUCGGCGCUACCGCCGCUACUCUCAACGACGCAGUGCGGACCGGCGUGGUAACAGCGACUAUGGCUCCAUCAGAGAGGACGGCCAAGGAAUACUGCAGGAGGAUGAGGACGACUCUGACGGCGCCGCGCUGGGCUCUGUCGACCGCUCCGGGGACGGCGACGGCGAGGUCUCCUUGUCGACCGGGGCCGGAGAGGCGGCCGGUGGCAGCGGCACCCACAGCGGCGGCGGGACCGGCGGGGCCGCGGUCGUGGGCAGCGCUGCGGGUGGAGGUGGUGGUGGAGGUGGCGGAGGCGGCGGCGGAGGCGGAGGCGGCGGCGCUGCUGCCAACGCGGCCGCUCACCUCUACCUGUCGGCCCGCUCCGCCCCUGACCCGGCCACAUGCUUCAGCGACGGCCGGCGCAAGAUCGACUUCGUGCUCGUGUACGAGGAGGCCGUCGGCAACGGCGGCGGCGGCGCCACCCCGGGGGCGGGCGCGGAGGCGGGCGGCGGCCUUCUGCGCUCGGACAACCACCGCUCAGCCAAGCACGAGGUGUGGCGGCAUCGCUUCCUGGACAACCUGCGGCGCGUCGGCCUGGAGAUGGAGGAGGAGGUGGUGGAGAGCGACAACCGGAAGCUGGUCCACUUCCUCAAGCUGCACGCCACCUGGCCCGUCAUGUGCCACUACGCGGAGGAGCUGAGCAUGCGGGCUCCACUGCAGAUUCGCGCUUACAGCAAGGCUCAGCCCAACCCGGCGGAGAACUGGUCGGCGCAUGUACUGGCGAGCUUAAGGAUGCCCAACAUCAUGGCAGAGGAGGUGCCCGGCAAACCUGUCGAUUUCUACACCUGUCCGUUCAGACGAUCCAAAAUAGACCGAUUUCUAGGCAGCGACAACCAGCAGACGUACUUCUCAAGCGUACAGCGCUCCCGCGUGCUGUAUGAGAUCCUAUCCACUGCCAUGUUCGGGAAGAAGAAGAAGGGGGAAGUCGGAAUUGACCGAUUAGUCGAGGAAGGGGUCUUCUCCACCGCAUUUUCUCUGCACGACGGGCCGUACCGUGACCCGAGUGCCUCUCCCGGCGGCCCUGGACCCUGCACGAUGAACCCCCGCCAGGUGCUGUACGAGUACUGGGCACGCUGGGGCGAGUGGUACCGGUACCAGCCGCUGGAUCACAUCCGAGACUACUUCGGGGAGAAGAUUGCCAUCUACUUCGCCUGGCUGGGGUUCUACACGGGCUGGCUGCUGCCCGCGGCGCUGGUAGGGGUGCUCGUCUUCAUGUAUGGCCUGUUCACCAUCAACGACAACCCGCUGGCCAACCAGGUGUGCCACUCGGGCGGCUCGUUCAAGAUGUGUCCGUUGUGCGACGAAAACAUCGGCUGCAAGUACUGGGACCUGAGCGACGUGUGUGGCUACGCGCGUCUUGCGUACCUGUUCGACCACCCGGGCACGGUGUUUUACGCCAUCUUCAUCUCGCUCUGGGCCGUGACAUUCCUGGAGUACUGGAAGCGCAAGUGUGCCUCGCUGGCCCACCACUGGGACUGCACGGGCUUCCAGGAGGAGGAAGAGCGGCCGCGGCCCGAAUUUGCGGCCCGGGCGCCAUUUCUCGAGCGCAACCCGGUGACCGGGGUCCGGGAGCCGUCCUUCCCCGCCUCUCUGCGCACCAAGAGGGUCGCCGCCGGCAUCGGCAUCAUAUUCCUAAUGAUGUCGCUGGUAAUCAUCUUCAUCGUGGCUGUGAUCAUCUACCGUGUCCUGGUGUCAAUCCCACUCUUCCAGAACGCCACCUUCCGCUCUCAGGCUCAGAGCAUUGCUAACUUGACAGGUGCCGUGGUGAACUUGGUCCUCAUCAUGGCCAUGAGCAGGGUGUACGAGAAGUUGGCGUUCAGACUCACCUCCUGGGAAAUGCACCGAACACAAACAGAGUUCGACGACAACCUCACCUUCAAAGUAUUCAUCUUCCAAUUUGUCAAUUUUUACUCGUCCAUAUUCUACAUCGCAUUUUUCAAGGGCCGAUUCGUUGGAUACCCAGGGAACUACACUCUGAUUUUACGACUGAGAAAUGAAGACUGCAGUGCUGGCGGCUGCCUGAUCGAGCUGGCCCAGCAGCUGGCCGUCAUCAUGAUCGGCAAGCAAAUGAUCAACAACGCCCAAGAGCUGCUCGUCCCCAAGCUCAAGGCGUGGUGGCAGAAGAAGCAAGUGAAACUGCCUCGCAAGCGCGACAAGACCCGUUGGGAGGAGGACUACCAGCUCAUCGACAGCGAAGGCCUCUUCCAGGAGUACCUCGAGAUGGUUCUGCAAUUUGGCUUCAUCACGAUUUUCGUGGCGGCCUUCCCUCUUGCUCCGCUGUUCGCCCUGCUCAACAACUGGGUGGAGAUCCGCCUUGAUGCGCACAAGCUGGUCUGUGAGACGAGGCGCCCCGUGGCGGAGCGCGCGGAGAACAUCGGCAUCUGGUUCAAGAUCCUCCACAUGCUCGCGCACCUCGCCGUGAUCAGCAAUGGCUUCCUCAUCGCGUUUACAUCCGAGUUCCUGCCCAAGCUUCUGUACCAGUACGAAUAUCACUGGAACCUGGACGGGUACGUCAACUUCACGCUGUCCUAUUCGCCUGAGGGCACUCUGUCGCAGCAGUGUCGCUACCGGGGCAUGCGUGACCCCACCGGCAAGCACACGCCUUUCUUCUGGCGUCUUCUGGCCGUCAGGUUUGCCUUCGUCAUCAUCUUCGAGCACGUCGUCUUUGGAAUCUGCCGCUUGAUCGACGUCCUGGUGCCAGACAUACCCGAGAGCCUUGAGCUGAAGAUCAAGCGCGAACGGUACUUGGCUAAGCAGGCCCUGCAGGACUCUGACACCAUCCUGAGGGUAGCCGCAAACCACACGGAUGAGGAGGAGCAGCCGCCUCCGUUCGGUGGCAUGGUGCUGGACCUCACGUCUGAGCUGGGCGCACUCAUGCCCUCGCUGCUGAUCGCCGCGCCCUCGAGCAGUGAGCUGGCCAGGGCGGCACAAGAGGCGAUGGCGGGGCCGUCCGUUCUCAAGGACCUGCUGUCACCCGCGCCGUCCUCCAACCUGUCGGCAUCUACCCCGUCCAGGUCGCCGGUGCCGGACGCCGAGACGACCGACACUUUGCAAGACAAGAAGACAGAGAAGAAGUCAGCUAACCAGACAGCUCGCUCCCGGCCGCGGCCUCGGCCUCGAACAGUGACUGAUGUGGACCAGGUGGUGACGUCGCCCGCCGGUCUCGGUGCACAACCGCGCCACUCCAUGUCUGCCACAGCUAUCAGCACCAAGCUGCGCGGCAACAGUCGCACGGCCUCAGUUGACAACAGCGGCACCAACACAGCCUCUCGCUCACCUCAGUCUGUCCCGGACACUUCUUUGUUCGAAUACGUCGCCCUCCAGGGCGCCGACGGGGCGGACACCAUGUCCUUUGUGUCCAGCGGGGAGGACGGCGGGGAGGCCGAGGACGAGGCCACGGACCUGAGCGUGUCGCGCCGACGUGCAAGGAUCACAGUCAAGCGUCGGGAUCGACCUGCCUCGGCCUUUGUCGGGGAGGUGAUAGCAGAUGGCGCUGCGGUGCACGAGGUCCUCCGCCGAAGCGUACCAUCGAAGCUAGAUCAGGCCCAGCACGUAGUCGUCACCAUCCCCCAGCAGCACGAUUGGCCCGACUCGUCCAGCGUGAGCGAAGCGAGUUCCACGGAGGAGAGUGUGUUUCCGGGAGCGCUGGCGCGUGGCCUGGCGGGGGCCGCCGCGCAGAGUGCCAUCAGCGUGGGCUGCCUCGUCCACCCACCGUCAACGGUCCCGGGCCAGUCCUCGGUCCACAGCUCGCCCCGCAAGACUCGUGGUCUCGGCAGCUUCUCGGUCGGCUCAGACCUCAGCAGCUUGGUCAGUCAAGAUCCAGAUAGCUUCUCGGAUCUCCACCUGCGGCACGGCAUUGCUUUCGGCAGUCCCAAAAAGACUCCGACAAAGAUUCCGUCGGUGGUGGCAGCACCUCCGCCUUUGCGCGAGCACAGCGACUCGCUCGGCUCGGACAUCAGCAGUCUUGCAGGGCAGGACGCCGAGCAGUGGGCUGAGGUCGUGGUGGAGGUGGACGUCGAAGAAGUGACCGAGGCCGUGAAUUGCGGACCGCAGCAGUCGACGGGGUGCCUCCCCGCGCCUCCAGCGCUGACGAGGGCCAGCAGCAGCAAGGGGCCUCGCCGAGAGCGCCAAAUGCCGCCGCGAGAUCAGAGCGUGUCCGUCACGUCUGGGCUCAACGUGACUCAAGGCGUGAGCGUCGAGGAGCAAGGCCUUCGUAGCCUGCGCCACGCCGGAGCCUGCUUCGACAUCAACCGCGUAGGCUCCGCUUCGCGCGAUGAGGGGGCCUUCCCUGUCCGUAGCCCCGCCUCCGAGUCCUCGCCCAGCGCCACUGGCAGCGGACCCACAGAGGCGAGCAUCCACUCUGAGGCCGUCUCGGACAUCCACUCUGAACUCCACUCCGAGGCUUACUCCGUGGCCCACUCACUGUCCAGCGACUCACUCGAGCGAAAGCACUCUAACAGGAGUUCUGGCAUGUCUUUCGGAUCCGAGUCCGCCACGUGGGCAAGUGCGGGCCUGAGCCAAGUGUCAAGAGCCUCUAUCAAUUUCGAAGACGAGGCAUCUUGGCCAUCAGCCCCGUCAUCGUGGAGCAGACGGAGUUCCAGGGAGGCACACAUCGAGGAAGUAGCAAACGCUGGGGAGCGGCGACGCAGCUCUGGGUCGAGCAUGGAGCAGUCCGAGCGCGUUGGCUUUCGGUUGGCGUCGACCAGGGAUUCCACAUCAGGGAAUGGAGGAGAUCCAAGACUCUUCUUGGACCGACGAGGUCCACCACCACCACCGCCACCACGGAGACGCACCCCUAAGGUUGCAGAAAAUAGCCAACGGCCUUGUCCGAGCUUUCGGGAGAAAGAAUCCCCUGUCUGAUGGAAUUGGACGAUGCAUCCUCAGCGCUGGAACGUAAAAAGUACACACUAACUUAUUAAGAAAUGUCAAUGUGUAGGUUAUUUUCUCAACUAAAAAUAGCUUAGUAGGAGAUCAACUUUUUAAAUUACUUAGAUAGAAGAGAAAUUAUGACUUGUUUUGUCGUCAUCCACAGGCGACAAUUAAUUUUUAUACUUGUGUAAUAUUUUGCGUGUUCUUUGCUGUUUUAAAAUUAAGAAGGAAAACUGUGUGUACAUUCCAGUUUAACAGCAUGCAGUAAAGUUAAGUCGAAGAGUGACAAAAUCAAUUUCUGUGAUAAAAGUUUCUAGGUCGCAAGAAAUUUGAGUAUUCUAGGUACAAUAUCUUGUUAUUCUCAUGUAUUUCCUCUUUGACUUUUUGUCAUUCUCACUUUCCUGUUAUCAAAAUUUUCACUGCUUUGUAGAAUAGAAUCACACUACCCAUCUUAUAGCUUUUCAUCCAAAAUGUAUUCCUAUUAUUGUUUUCUGCAGUCUUCCAAAAUGAUUGUUGUUACUUUAUGGGCAAAUUGGCAAACUUCACACUUACUUACAUCCAGAGGUAGAGGAAAUAGUCAUCCAUAAUAUUAUAUUCUUCUUUACAACUCUUUACAACUUUUUUGAUUAAAAGACGUCUAUUUUGUGACUUCUCUGGAACAUAUCAUUGGAUGCACAGGACCUGUGAUAAUAAUGACAGACUAGAAAAACUUUAUUUUUAUCUGGGAAAGACACAUACUGCAUUAUUUGAUUAUGUUUGAAUUAUUUAUCAGAUUAAGUGCAGGAAUAUUACCAGCUGCCACAACUUUCGUUGAAUAAAAUAUUUAAUUUCUGGUAGAAUCCUAGAAUUCUACUUAGUAUUCAAUGCUGUAAUCUAAAAAUUAAUUGUGAAAGAGGUUUGUUUCAUCGGGAUGUGACCUUUGCUUGCAGCAAGUUUAUGUGUUUUUCAGUCUUGUUCUUAUGUUUUUCUUGUUAUACUUUACAUCCUCUGGGGGAGCACAAGUAUGUCAACAUGGUAAAAUGUACAUUCUAUUUUAAAUGAUUUGGGAUAAAGAAUUCCUGUUGUCUACAGUAUCCAUAAAUACAUAUAUAUUUUGCUUUGUAUGUAUUAGAGGGAAUAUUUCAUAUGGUGCAAGAACACAAAUUUUAACAAAUAAAUGCAUGGAAAAUCUAUUAAAUUUUACUGCUUUCUUCCU